AUGCGUUUUGAUUUUAUCCAGAAACAAAUUUUUCGAUUUUUUCGGCUCUACAUCCUAUUCGUUAUCCGAGUUCCAUGGCUAUUUAUUCUCAUACCAAUGUUACUAACAAUUUUACUUAGCGCGGGUCUUAGCUAUCGGGAACAAGCUUUCCUCAAGGACGAUUUAGACCAGUACGUCCCGGUCAAUGCGCCAGCAAGGAAAGAAUUACAACAGCUUGAUCAGCUUUUCCACAUCGACGAUCUGGAUCCAUUCUACGCUAUGAGGAGGUACAUCUUUUGCUCCAAUAAAUGA